AUUUCUCUCUCCAUUAUGUGAAAUAUUUGGACUCAACCUCAAAAAAUACAAUUUAUAUCACUUUGGUUACCAAUUUUUUCUUAGACACUAGUAUUGAGCCUACUUAGAAUAGGGAUGUCCACCUAGACUAUUUGCACCAAUUUUAGUCCCUAAAGAUAUUUCACUUCUCUCUCCCUUUUUUUCUUCAUCUUUACCAAGCCCUAACGUUCGGCGACCACAUGGCUCCACCCUCUUGUGGUGACUUCUUCGGUCUCUCUCACCCGCUCUCUGCUCCCUUAAAAUUUAAAGAAGAAUUGAGUUUCAUUCACACUUUCAUAUAAGUGGAAAUGAAAUGAAAAGAAAAGAAAAAUAAGAAGAAAAUAUAACAAAAGUAAAAUAUGUAAUAAGUCAAAAAAAAAAAAUAUAUGAAAAUGAAAAUGAAAAAAAAAGAGAGAAUCUUUAGGAUGAAAACCUGAAAUGGAAUCAUAUAUGUCCCACCAAACUAGCAACUAAACCAACCUAGAAAGAAGCAAGUGUGCAUUGGGAUUCAUUCAUUCAUCUUCCUUUGUUGAGUUACAAUACAAGCAAACAUGGCUGCGUCAAAUUUCUCUACCCUGUCCUCCUCCUCCUCCUCCUUCUCCAAAUCCAAACCCUUCACCAACACACCUUGUUUUCCUGGCAACAAAACCCUCCACAACCCCACCUCGUUUCCCAAUCCAACAACUCUUUCCCAUGCCCACAAACCCCCUUACCCAUCACCAUGCAAAAACCACAACACCACAUUCCCAGAACCUCUCUGCAACGACGACGAAGACCAAAAGCCCCGUGAAGAGUGCGGCGUGGUGGGUAUCUACGGCGACCCAGAGGCCUCUCGUCUCUGCUACCUCGCCCUCCACGCCCUCCAGCACCGCGGCCAGGAGGGCGCCGGCAUCGUCACCGUGCACAACAACAAAAUCUUCCAAUCAGUAACCGGUGUUGGCCUCGUCGCCGACGUCUUCACCGAGGCCAAGCUUGAUCAAUUGCCCGGAACUCUGGCUAUUGGCCAUGUACGUUACUCAACCGCAGGCCAAUCCAUGCUGAAAAACGUGCAGCCUUUUGUUGCAGGGUACCGUUUUGGCUCUGUUGGUGUUGCACAUAAUGGUAACUUAGUCAAUUACCGAAGCUUAAGGGAAAAACUUGAAGAAAACGGCUCCAUUUUCAACACUAGUUCUGAUACAGAGGUUGUGCUUCACCUCAUUGCUACGUCAAAGCAGAGACCAUUCAUAUUGAGAAUCGUUGAUGCCUGCGAGAAGCUUAAAGGGGCUUACUCUUUUGUGUUUGUUACAGAGGAUAAGCUUGUUGCUGUGAGGGACCCUUUUGGUUUUCGACCAUUGGUUAUGGGGAAAAGGAGUAAUGGUGCUGUUGUUUUCGCCUCUGAGACGUGUGCUCUUGAUUUGAUUGAAGCAGAGUACGAGAGGGAGGUGUACCCUGGUGAGGUUUUGGUGGUGGAUAAAAAUGGUCUUCAAUCUCUCUGCCUUGUGUCUCAUCCAGAGCCGAAGCAGUGUAUCUUUGAGCAUAUUUACUUUUCACUCCCAAGUUCUGUUGUUUUUGGGAAAUCUGUGUAUGAAUCUCGCAGGUUGUUUGGGGAAAUUCUUGCCACUGAGAGCCCUGUUGAGUGUGAUGUUGUGAUUGCAGUUCCGGAUUCUGGUGUGGUUGCUGCACUUGGUUAUGCUGCAAAAGCAGGGGUUCCUUUUCAGCAGGGGUUGAUCAGGUCUCACUAUGUGGGGAGGACUUUCAUUGAGCCGUCACAGAAGAUUAGGGACCUUGGUGUGAAGUUGAAGCUCUCACCGGUAAAAGCUGUGCUUGAAGGCAAGAGGGUUGUGGUUGUGGAUGACUCUAUUGUGAGGGGAACCACAUCUUCCAAAAUUGUGAGGCUGAUCAAGGAAGCAGGUGCAAAAGAAGUUCACAUGAGGAUUGCAUGUCCACCAAUUAUCGGAUCAUGUUAUUAUGGGGUGGACACUCCAAGUUCAGAGGAAUUGAUUUCAAAUAGAAUGAGUGUGGAUGAAAUACGGGAGUUUAUUGGAUCAGAUUCACUCGCUUUUCUUCCACUUGAUUGCUUGAAGAAAUUGUUGGGAGAAGAUGACUCUCCUAAUUUCUGUUAUGCUUGCUUCUCCGGGAGGUAUCCUGUUGAACCUACUGAACUUGAAGUCAAGAGUGUUGGUAACUUAGUGGAUAAUGGCUUAAAUGGGAGUUUGGAAUCUAUUGAUGAGAGUUUGGUUCAAGCAAACCGAAAUCAGAAAGAGGUGAAGAUUGCUAGUAUCUAAUAAUUGUCCGAUUUGUCUAUUUGAGAUUUUGCAGUACAGGAAUCCCAUAUAAGGUAUGGAGUAACUUACAAGAAGGUAUGGAGUAACUUACAAGAUAAAGUGGGUGCUUGGCAGAUAGAUGUCAAACGGUAUAAUCUAAGUACAAAAAGUUUGCUUACUCUAAUCCAGAAAUUUGGAUUCUGGAGGCUAAUGCUCAGUACCAAUUGUUUCUUACUUAGAAUUCAGACAAGUGGGGGGAUUAUUUAUUUAUGAACCCAAGAUUUUGUCCCUUUUGUUUAGUAUAAAAUUAUGUACCAGCUUUAAGAAUACUAAGAUGUGAAAGUAUGAUGUACUUCACGGAAAAUACUAAAUGUUAGUAUAAGAAACACAUGAAGAGAUACUUAUAUCACUGGUUACUCUUCGGAUUUCUGUAAAAAAACACAUUUAACUUUGACAUAUCAGUAAUUCUUGCAUUUCCUGCAACUUUUGUAUUGGUAAUGGAGGGUUAGAAGGCCGAAAAAGCACAUGAUGACAAAUCUAGGAAAAGAAGCU